AUGUGGGAGGACGUGGUGGAGCUGAGGUGGCUGGAGCACUACGUACCGUGGCGCACGGCCCACCUGUGGGUGGCCGACCACCCCGAGGUGCCCGUGCUCCUGAGCGUGGCCUACCUCGUCGGCGUGUUCAGCAUCAAGCACGCCAUGCGCGACCGCCCGGCCUUCGAGCUCAAGACGCCGCUCCUCCUCUGGAAUGUGCUGCUCGCCGUCUUCUCCCUCUUCGGCUCCCUCGCCACCGUGCCCCACAUCAUCCGCGUCGUCCGCCAGCACGGCAUCACCUACGACAUGUGCACCUUUGACUCAGAGAGUAUGAACCCGUGGAUUUUGCUGUUCGGGCUGAGCAAGAUCCCAGAGCUGCUGGACACGUUCUUCAUCGUGCUGCGCAAGCGGCCGCUCAUCUUCCUGCACUACUACCACCACGUGGUCACGCUCCUCUACUGCUGGCACGGGCUCGGGCUGCAGGCGCCCAACGGCGGCUGGUUCGCGGCGAUGAACCUGGUGAUCCACACCCUCAUGUACGCCUACUACGCGGCGUGCGCCUACGGCGUCCGCUUUGGCGUGGCGACGCGCCAGUCGAUCACCACCCUGCAGAUCCUGCAGAUGGUGCUGGGCAUCGCCAUCGUGGUGCACAACCUGGUGGCCUGCAACACGCUCCCGACCAACUACAUCUUUGGCCUCGUCAUGUACGUCAGCUACGUCGUGCUCUUCACCAAGCUCUACAUCGACUCCUACGUCAAGAAGGCGAACAGGCGGACGAAGCAACCCACGACCGCGGCCGACCCCACCAGGAAGACCAAGAAGGCAGACUAA